GAUUAAUGCUGCAUUGUCAAAUAAUAAGUGUGAAUAUAUAUAUGAUCCUAACAUUGACCUUGAAUUAUGGAAAAAUUGGAAAGAUUUAUAUGAUUAUUUAAGAGAUCAAAAGGAAAUAGAAGGAAAAAUCAAUUCUGACAGUUAUUUAUGUAAAAUAUAUCCACACUAUUUUUCUUAUAUUAAAGGGAUAUAUGAGAAAUAUAAAAUGGAAUGCUGUUCAAAUAAAAUUAGAAAGUGUCCUAAAGGUAUUGAUUUUGAAGAAUGGUGUACUGGGAAAAAUAUUUUAACAGAAUUAGAAUGUAAGCAUACUCAAAAAGUUCCUGAACAUGGUGAACAACCUUCAGAAAGAGAUUCUGCACAUUCAGCGGAGGCAGCAGAUUCGAGGUCUCAUUCUCCCAUUGCAGAAAUUGCAUUAUCCGCUCAAAAUCGUUCCAUACAUAAUGCAGAUAUAACGUCCAAUAAAGAAAAUGCUUACAUUAUUCCUUCAGUUGUUUUUUCUGUUGUUGGAGGAUCUUCAGUGCUUUACCUAUUGUAUAAAGUAAAUAUAAAUUUUUAUUUAAAAUUAUA